CAUACGCCUCGUUGGGCCACAGGGAUAUUUGGCCGACGGACAAAGGGCGCGAACGAAGUCGGCCCUCUGUACUCUGGACGCGUCGUGCGUGAGGGAGAUGAGCACGGAGGUGGCUUCGCUGAGACCCGCGCGGCGGAGCAAGUGGGACGAGGCGGGUACCAGCGAUGAUCGGGUCCCGUGUGCGCUGGAGGCCGCCGCCGCCGCUGCGGCGCGCAUCAACAACAUGCUGGUGGCCCGGGGGAAGCUCAAGGCGCCCGCCAACGUGAACGUGAAGACCGGCAACGACACGCAGGUUAUUCCUGGAAUGACGAAGUCGUCCCAUGAGAAGGUGCAGGUCAACCUGGACAACGACAUCCCUGCCGCAAGUCGCAACAAGAUCACCCUCGUGCAAGUGCAGGAGGAGAUAAGUAAGCAGACGGGCACAGUGGUGUCAACCAGAGGGCGCUAUAUGACUCUGGAGGAAAAGGCAGUGGCUUCUCCCGAUGACCAGCCACUUCACCUUCAUAUCAAGGGGAGCGGCGCGGAUAGUGUGAGCUUGGCCGUGCGGAUGAUCAACGAUAAGAUCGACGCGUGGGUGCGCGGGAACGGCCUGUACGAGCGCGUGUCCCUGUCCGACCCCGGCGUCGCCGGCAUCGGCACGACCUCCCAACCGCCGCCCCCCCCGUGCGGCUUCGCGGCCGAAGCUGUGCCCACGUACCCGCCGGCCGCGGCGAUGACGGCGGGGGCGACGUCCGGGAUGCUGUACGCGCCGGCGCCGGCGCCGCUGCCGACCGUCGGCUUUGCGUCGCCCGCCGCGGUCAAGACUCCGGCGCCUGCAUACCAUCCGGCGCCCGCCUACCACCAGCCGCCGAUGCCGGUGGUGCCGCAGGCGGCGCCGGUUGCGUACUCCCACCCGACGGGGAAUGCGUUCGCCCCGCCGGCGAGUUACUCGGCACCGCCGUCCGGCUUCCGCAUGUCCGCACCGCUCGCUCAGCUGCAGCCCGGAAUGCACUAUGUGCAGGAGAAGGUGUUUGUGGGGCUGGAGCACGCCGAUCCCGCCUUUGGCCUCAAGGCCUCCUUGGAGGGCCCCGGCGGCUCCUACCUGCAGCACAUCGUGCGCGAGACCGGCGCCAAGGUUCACCUGCGGGGCCGCAGCUCGGGCUACAUGGAGCACGCGUCCGGCCGCGAGGCCUUCGAGCCGCUCUACAUUUACAUCAGCCACCCCAGACCAGAGAAGCUGGCUUUGGCGAGAAAACUCUGCGAGGAUUUACUCCAGACGGUUCAUGACAAGUACAGUGCUUACCAGAACUCGAUGAGCGGUCAGGCAGGCUACUCGCAGAUGAACAACUACGGCAGGAUGUCCAUGUACCGCCCUGCCAUGCAAGCACAGCCGGUUGGAACGGCGUGGCUGGGCCCUGACGGCAUGCCGACGCCGUCACCGCAGCCGCCUUCGACGAAUGCGCAAGGACUGGCGUACGCACAGUACCCCGCUCCAGCCUCCAUGUACCAGCCGCCCGUACAGCAGCAGCCACAGCAGCAGCAGGCGCAGCAGACGCAGCAGCAGCCAGCUGCGACGGUGGCAGCUAGCAAGCGGCGCUUUGUGGAAGAGCUUGACAAGGCCGACCCGUCCAGGCUGCUUGGAUACCAGCAUGGCCCCAUUCACUUAUCUCACUCGAGUGCAGGCUCCUCGCAGAGUGCAGCCGGGAUGGCCGCCUCAAGCCUCGCCACUCGCAGCGGAGGUGCUGACGCACGCUCUGGUGACAGUGAGCUGAUGCCACCGCCGCCACCGCUGUCGGCGACGUUCGUCGUGAGCCGCGCCGCGGACCGGGACAAGGGCCGGAUGCCGCCAUCGCCACCCUCCUCCGCCCCCUCGACGGCGCCCGCAGAAGGGUACAGCAGCUCGAGUCCACCAAAGAAGGCGAUGAAGUCUGACGAGAUGCUCAAGUAUUUAAUUCAGUACGGAGACUCCUCCGACGAAGAGGAAGGGAAAGGUCCCAACUAGGGGGCGGUACCACCACCACCCCCUCCCUCUCACGGGGCUCCUCCCGGAAGAGCGAGACGCACCCCAACAAUUACUCUACGGGAGUCGUCUUUUAACGCGAAUGCGCUUUGAACAACGGAGCUCCCCGGAAUUUAGUACGUCCCGGGGAAGCGGGAGAGACUGCAGAGUGGACGCUGGGCAAAAUGCGGCGGCGGCGGCGGUGGUGGUGGUGGUUGCCGGGUUACGAAGCGGCUCCAACCACGCGGCCUGCCCCGGUUAAUGCCGCGGUGAGUGUGCGCUUGUGUGUGUGGGGAGCGGUAGUGUAACGGUUAGCAAAGCUGCGCUGUGAACCCGGCGUGCCGAGUUUGAUUCCCGCUCACGGCCAACACCAACGGUGACAAUCAUCCGAACCGGUCAUGGGCCUCCCCUAAGUCGACCCAGCCUGAAAUUAGUACCUGGCACGUUGUAAACUUCGCCGCUGGGGGAGACAAAGGCGGCCUGGCAUGGUUUUGGCCACCCCCCCUCCCCCCUCGUGUGCCGUGCCGACAUUCACAGAUGCUACUCGCUAACAGCACUUGCCCCACAGUCAGUUCAGGCUAUACGGGGGAUCUUUGUAUUAACCGGAAGAAUGCCGGGCACUGUACACUUCGGGGGGGGGGGGGGGGGGCGAGGGGAGUGUUAAAGAUCCCUUGGUGACGUCGUUCGCGUACGAGAGAGUGGUUGGGCCGUUGUGUGCCGGCGUCGUCACGCUCCAGAUAUUUGUUCGAAUCGGGGAAAGUCCCCACCGCAAAUGAAGCCACGAUGGGGGGGUAAGGGGCGGGAGAGUGAGCG